CUUCCGGGAUAGGGAGCUCUUUGCGCAGGCGCAGUUGUUACGCGGAGUUUUCUGGGUCAAGAUGGACGCUCACGAUCUUUUUCGCCGGCUGGGUGCGGGAGCUAAAUUUGACGUGAGACGCUUCUCGGCGGACGCAGCCCGAUUCCAGGUAGGAAAAAGGAAAUGUGACUUUGAUUCUUCAGAGAUACUUCAUAAACUGGACUUUUUUGGAAACAAGAAAUCUGAACCAGAUAAAUAUGGAGCCUCAGUGACUUACCAGGAGCUCCAAGAUGAAGAGAAAAAAGAAGAGACUCUAGCUGAAAAAAAAGGGAAUCAGAAGAAAAAGAGAAAGAAGAUGUCUUCAGAAAUUAUUUCUCAAGAGGAAGGUUCUACUAUACAGUGGACUUCAUCUGUAGAAGCAAAGAUAGAAGAUAAAAAAGUUAAAAGAGAAAAUAAACUAACUUCAGGAAAGUUGGAAGAUCUCAGAAAGGAAAAGGUAAACUUCUUACGGAACAAACACAAAAUUCACAUUCAAGGAACUGAUCUUCCUGACCCAGUUACUACAUUUCAGCAACUUGACCAGGAAUAUAAAAUCAACUCUCGACUGCUUCAGAAUAUCCUAGAUGCUGGCUUCCAGAUUCCCACGCCAAUCCAAAUGCAAGCUAUUCCAGUUAUGCUACAUGGUCGAGAACUUCUGGCUUCUGCUCCUACUGGAUCUGGAAAGACUUUGGCUUUUAGCAUUCCUAUUUUAAUGCACCUGAAACAACCAACAAAUAAAGGCUUCAGAGCUCUGAUUAUAUCACCAACACGAGAACUUGCCAGCCAGAUUCAUCGAGAGUUAGUAAAAAUCUCUGAAGGAACAGGAUUCAGAAUACACAUGAUUCACAAAGCUGCAGUGGCAGCCAAGAAAUUUGGACCUAAAUCAUCUAAAAAGUUUGAUAUUCUUGUGACUACUCCAAAUCGACUCAUCUAUUUAUUAAAGCAAGAUCCUCCAGGAAUAGACUUAACAAGUGUUGAAUGGCUGGUAGUAGACGAGUCAGACAAACUGUUUGAAGAUGGCAAAACUGGAUUCAGAGACCAGCUGGCUUCCAUUUUCCUAGCCUGCACAUCCCACAAGGUCAGAAGAGCUAUGUUCAGUGCAACUUUUGCAUAUGAUGUAGAGCAGUGGUGCAAACUCAAUUUGGACAAUGUCAUUUCUGUAUCCAUUGGAGCAAGGAAUUCUGCAGUAGAGACUGUAGAACAAGAGCUUGUCUUUGUUGGAUCUGAGACGGGAAAACUUCUGGCCAUGAGAGAACUUGUUAAAAAGGGUUUCAAUCCACCUGUUCUUGUUUUUGUUCAGUCCAUUGAAAGGGCUAAAGAACUUUUUCAUGAGCUCAUCUAUGAAGGUAUUAAUGUGGAUGUUAUUCAUGCAGAUAGAACACAACAACAGAGAGAUAACACAGUCCACAGCUUCAGAGCUGGAAAGAUUUGGGUUCUUAUUUGUACAGCAUUGCUAGCCAGAGGAAUUGACUUCAAAGGCGUGAACUUGGUGAUCAACUAUGAUUUUCCAACCAGCUCAGUUGAAUAUAUCCACAGGAUAGGUCGAACUGGAAGAGCAGGACAUAAAGGAAAAGCUAUUACAUUCUUUACUGAAGAUGAUAAACCAUUAUUAAGAAGUGUUGCAAAUGUUAUACAGCAAGCCGGAUGUCCUGUACCAGAAUACAUAAAAGGAUUCCAAAAACUACUAAGCAAACAAAAGAAAAAGAUGAUUAAGAAGCCACUGGAAAGAGAGAGCAUUAGUACAACACCAAAAUAUUUCUUAGAAAAAGCUAAGGAUAAACGGAAGAAGGCCACUGAUAAGAACAAGAAGAAAGUAGCUCUUCCAGACAAAAGCUAAAAAUAAGGCUUCUCAAAAGACUAUGAAGUACAGUUGUUUGAUUCUGGCAUAAAUGUUGUUUUCUUUGUAAUUCUUCAAUGGUCUUACAGUCUGAUAUUUGAAAUAUACAACAAGAACAUGGGACUACUAAAUAAGAUUGUAAAUCAUCAGUAUUUCACAUCAAAUUUUGAUUUGUGGGUGCUUUUCCAUGUUUAUAUAUUGGGAAUAACGUUCAUUGAUAUUUUCAGUGGUUUGUGUCUAGAGAAAUACUUCUUAUAGAAGAACAAAACCUUGUGCUAAAAAAUAACACCCAGAUGUGGUGAAUUAUUAAUAAGGUUUUUCUCUUCAAGUGUAAGGGAAAGAGUGAUACAAGCUAUUUGUUGAUGGUCGUUUGUGGGAUGUGCCACAAUAAAGACUGGUUAUUCAGUUCUGUAA